AUGGCUUCGUCAAUCCCUUCAGGGUCGUUGCUGCCUUUUGAAUUGGUAGAAAACAUACUUUACAGAGUCCCCGUCGCAUCUUUGGUACGAUUCAAGUCCACGUGCAAACAAUGGUAUGCUCUUUUAAGAGACAAGAGAUUCAUCUACGAACACUUGAAUCUCUCCCGGGAAGGAUUCAUCCGAGUCCAUGAUCAUAAGUCUUUUCAAUUCAUCAAUCUUGAGACCCUAGACCUUUCAUGUCUACAAGGUCCAUGCGAUAUUUUUUUAAUGAUUCACUGCGACGGAUUAUUGCUAUGCCAAUUUGAUAGUGAAGACAACAAUCUUGCAGUUUGGAAUCCGUUUUUGAGGCAAGUCAAAUGGAUCAAACCCUCGAGUCAAUGCCGGCCUGGUACCUACGGUUUUGGAUACGACAAUGUAUCCCGUGACAAUUACAAGAUCUUGAGGUUUAAUAGGGAAGGCAUUGAGAUAUAUGAGUUCAAGUCUCAACUCUGGAGAAGUAUUGACUAUUCGUGUGCGUAUUAUUGGUAUACAUGGUAUAAUUGCCACAUAUCUAUGAAUGGAAACAUGUAUUGGUAUGCUGGUAGGGACACGGAUAACUCCGAAAUUGAAAUCUUCAUCCAAUGUUUUGAUUUCUCCAAAGAGGUAUUCAGAGAGACAUGUUGUGUUCCCUUUGCAAAUGGUGAUUGGCAUUCGCCACUCGGAUCAGGUUUCGGAGGAGAUAGGCUUUCUUUGUUAUCUGAACAUAAAGAUGAGAAGAUGAUUCAGGUGUGGAUUACAAACAAGGUGACUGAUGAGAUUGUUUCGUGGAGCAAGUAUUUUAAUUUGACUUAUGAGAUUGUUACUCGGACCAAGUAUUUUAAUGUGUUUCCCCCAGGUCUCUCGAUAUUCGUAUCCGGUUCCAGUUCUCCAAUAUAUUGCGUCCACAAGACCAAUAGGAUCAUGUUAUGGUAUGAGAAAAAAGAUCACCAAGAUGAAAAUAUUUACGUCAACCUUUAUGAAAUAGGUGGGGAUGGGGUCAAGAAACUAGUUGAGACAGGACGACAGAGACUGUGUGAUGAGCGUCACGUUCGUAAGCUUUGUUAUGUAUUUGUUCCAAGUCUGGUUCCGGUUCCAGAGUAA